AUGUACUACUCAAACAACAACGUCAAGCAUCUCCUGGACGAGGAAGAUGUCGUGCCCUACUCGUCGUCGUUCAUCGGCCAGUGGUACUACACCUACAAGGUCCACUUCACUGUGGGCAUGAUCACUCCUCUGGAGGCUGGCUUCUGUAACGUUGUCAUUGUGCUGGUAGCUGCUCUGCUCAUGGUGGCUCUGCUCUACUUGCCCCAGAACUCCAUGCUGCUGGCCAACCGAGCAUACUACUACUGGUCAGGUCACGAGACCUGGUCUACCCCCAACCCUCCUAACUUCACCCAGAUUCUGGGCACUGCCAUCAACAAAGUCUACCACACUGUGUAG